UAGCCUCCUUCCCAAUAGUGAGGAGCUCAGUGGCUUUAUUCAAGAUAAUAAUUCUGACAUUGUCAUUGUUACAGAAACGUGGUUAAAGCCCGAGAUAAGUGACAUAGAAAUUUCCCCCCUAACUUAAUGUUUAAUAUUUACCAAUGUGAUUGGUCCGCACAGAGAGGAGGUGGUGUGCUAAUAGCGGUAAAAAAUGCAUUUCUUCCUUUCAUAUUACUAUCAGCUCCAAUAUCGAGGCUACUUUUGUUUGUGUUACAUCGUCCUGCACAAAAACUAUUAUCGGUGUCUGCUACCGACCUCCGAUUAUAGCAGCAUGUUUUUCCACGAGCAUCAUUCUCUGCUGCUUGAAAUCAAUAGCGGUGCCCAAGAUCAAAUGUCUUAGUCUUUGGCGACUUCAACUUCCCUAACAUAGAUUGGUUUAGUAACAACUAGUGGGUCCAGUGAAGCCAGGGAUUUUCUCGAUCUAUGCUUAAACCAUAAUCUCACCCAAGUCGUCGACAAACCUACACGUGAAGACAUCCUUGAUCUUAUUCUAACGACGUCCCCAGACCUGGUGACAUCCAUUAGCCAAAGGAAAGGUUUUAGCAACCACAAUCUGCUGACCGUGGAGUUAUCCUUACCCAUCCAUUAUAGAAACCCAUCCUCAAAAAUGAUCAAGGACUACUCCAAAGCCAAUUUCGACGCAAUGAACAGCAAUCUUUCUGCAAAUCUGCCUUUGCAUACUGCCAGUUUUUACUCUAGGGCUGGCUACUUUAAGAACAAGUUAAAUAAUCUCGUUGACCUGUUUGUACCCUCUGUACAUAUACGGAGCGAUGAUUGCAACCCAUGGUAUAACAAAGCAUUAAGGUCCCUCAACAAAAAGCGAUUGUUUGGAAGAGCAAGGCAUCUAGACUGCGACGCUGCCUGGGAUGCAUACUUUUUGUGCCUUAAGACCUACUCAGAACCUUCGUCUGGCUAAACAUAAGGUUCUUUAUUGAGGAUCUUUUUGGUAUCCUGCAUAACAACCCUAAAAAAUUCUGGAAGAUAAUAUCCCCAGGGUUCGCACAGACCCUUGAAAUCCUUAAAAGUCCUUGAAUUUGAUAACAUUAUUUCAAGGGCCCUUGAAACUCCUUAGAUAUAAGUGAGCUCCUUGUAAUCCUUGAAAAUUUCGUGGACUUUGCUUCAAUAUAGCAAAUGAAUGACGUAUUUCCGUAAGUCGCACUGAUUUCAAAAACGCGUUUACUGAGGAAUGUUCGCGAAAACAUGUAGUCUUGACAGGAGAGCAAUAGCAGCAAGUUUCGGUUUCGAAACCGGCAGCGCCUGCGUCUUCUGGCAACAAAUGCGAGCCAGAAAUCCAAUCCAAUCCAACGCAAGUUAUAGUAACGGUCGGUCGGUCGGUACUCGGUCCGUGCGUCGGCCUCGCGCAUCAUUUCUCGGCGAAAGUUCGCAUUUGUGCUGUGUGCAAUGCCUGCAACUUUACUUUGACAGGAUGCCAGGCAGAAAGUGCAAGUUUCAGUCUGCAUGGCUGGAGCACAGCGAAUAUCGUCACUGGGUGAGGCCGGAGACAAGCGACUCUUAUCGAGCGAAGUGCGCAGUAUGUCAGAAGUCGGUCGACAUUGCAACAAUGGGGGAGUCGGCGUUGAAGAGCCAUCAGAAAAGUGCCAAGCACCGAUCCAAAGUUGCGGCAGGCGAGGGCUGCUCUUCCGUCACGAGUUUUUUGCAAGCGGCAAACGCCACAAAAACGACUUCUCAGCGGGAAAACACGGAAACAUCCUCUCGAGCUGCGACCCUUGACGAAGACUGCAGAAGGCAUGACUCCGUGAUUGAAGCCGAAAUUUUGUGGACGAUGAAAGUUGUGUCUUCACACUACUCAUACAGCUCCAGCGGAUCAGUUUCCGAGUUGUUCCGAAAGAUGUUUCCGGAUAGCGAUAUCGCGAGAAGCUUCACUUGUUCAGAAAAAAAAUGCGCGUACGUCGCGUGCCAUGGUCUGCGCCCAUUUUUCGCUUCUCAAGUCUUAGACAUGAUGGAGAAAUCUGAACAUUUUGUUGUCCUUUUUGAUGAAACGUUAAACGAAUACCUGCAAAAGAAACAGCUUGAUGUUCACGUGAGACUGUGGAACAAUUCUGAGGUGACAACAAGGUAUGCGACAUCGGCAUUCAUGGGCCACAGCACAACGGACCUCACGAAGAAUUUGACGAAAGCGCUGGCGUCCUUUCCGAUGAGCAAAAUUGUUCAGCUUUCCAUGAAUGGCCCCAAUGUCAACUGGAGCCUUUUCCACAAGUUCCAGCAGCACAGGAAAAAUGACUUUCAAGUUCAGUGUUUGGAUAUUGGAUCAUCUGGCCUUCACACAGUGCAUAAUGCCUACAAAGCUGGAAUGCAUGCAACAGGAUGGCCAGUUGACACAUAUUUGUCCAGCUUAUUCUCACUCUUUCAUGAUGCACCGGCCAUGCGAGAAGACUUUAUUCGAGAGACAGGGAGCAGUGUGUUUCCACUUCCUUUUGUAUCUCACCGUUGGAUCGAGAACGUGCCCGUACUGGAAAGAGCCCUGGCCACAUGGGAGCACUUGAAGCAAUACACUGAAGCAGUGAGUGGCCGCAGGCUGCCCAUGCCAAAAUGCAGAGCAUAUGAAAACGUCAGUGCUUUUCUAAAUGACCAGCUUGCACUUGCAAAAUUGAACUUUUCCCUGAAUGUUGCCAUGGUUGUGCAGCCUUUCCUGACUGUUUUUCAGAGUGAUUCUCCUAAGACGUUUUUGCUGGCAAAAGAACUUGUAAGUGUUCUGAGGAGCCUUCAGUCAAGGUUCGUAAAGUGCUCUGUAAUGACAGAAGCCACCAGCAUCACGAAGCUGCUGCGAGUUGAUGUUGAAGAUGCUGCCGUUUACACAGAACUUGAAAAGGUGGAUGUUGGACGUGCAGCUGAGAUUUUGAAAUGCUGCAAAGCGAGCGCCAAGUGUAUGCUUGAGUUUAGGUACGAGUGCCGGAAGUUCCUUGUGAACAUGAUCCUGAAAGUCAUGGAGAGAAGUCCCCUGAGGUACCCUGUCGUUUGUGGGUUGUCAUCUUUCGACCCCACAGAGAUGUCCAAGACAGACACGUGCCUUGGGAAGCUAAAAAUUGUGCUUAACUGCCUAAUCGACAAUAAGCUUCUCUCUGAGCACAAACGUGACAUUGUGUGCACACAGUACAUUCAAUUUUGUCUAGAAAAACGGCAUGAACUACAAAACUAUGAAAAAGAUCAUGAACGUCUUGACAGUUUUUUCGUGCGGCUGCUGAAGCACGAUGCUUCAUUCUCGCAGUUAUGGGCUGUGGUGAAACUACUUCUCCUCCUGAGCCAUGGGCAGGCCUCAAUGGAAAGAGGCUUCAGCAUCAACAAGCAGGUUGCGGUCGAGAAUUUGGCAGAGCUGUCGUAUAGUUCUCAACGAGUUAUCUGCGAGGCUGUGAAAAGCCAUGGUGGCCUGCUGAACGUUCCGAUUUCAAAAGAGUUGAAGGCGUCAGUGCGCCAAGCCCGGCAUAGGUACGCUGCAUACCUAGACGAACAAAAGAAACAAGCACUGUCACGGCAGGCAGCUUCAAAGAGAAAAGAACUCGAGCAAGAGCUCGAUAAGAUGCACGGAAGGCAGUCAAAGCUUCAAAAAACUCUCAAGUGCCUGCUGGAAUCUGCGGACCGUUUUUCGGAAGAAGCUGAAGCGAAAAACGACCUUACCUACUUAGUCAAGGCAAACAGCUUUCGUCGAACUGCUAAAGAAAAGGAGCUGGAGAUAGCUUCUGUGGAAAAAGAAAUCCAUGCAAAAACUGCGCUGCUUCCAUAAGUCUUGUAAGCAAAUAAAAUUUUGCUAACACUCCUUGAAUUUUGCCAUUUUUCAUCCUUGAAAUCCUUGAGUUUUCAGUCAAAUAUCCUGUACGAACCCUGUAUCCCCUAACUCUCGCUCCUCCUCUAUCCAGCUAACCAACGAGGACGGGUCCCCAAUAUCUGAAGCGGACCGUGCCACAGUAUUAAACAACUAUUUUUCGUCUGUGUUUACAUUAGAAGACGCCGACGUCCCUAUACUGCCAGCACUACCGUAUGAGUCAAUGGAACCUAUUGACAUCUCAUGAGCUGGAAUAGCGAAACUUCUUGACAACUUGAAAUUGACAUCUUCUGGAGGACCUGACGACAUCACCCCCAAAAUUCUUCACUACACCAAAGCAAUAUCCAGCGAAUUUCUCUACUUAAUAUUCUCGCAGUCCUUAUCGCAGCGAUGCCUACCAUCCGACUGGAAACUGGGUAAGGUCGUUCCGGUCUUUAAAAAUGGGGAUCGUUCUUCGGCGUCGAACUAACGCCCUAUAUCUCUAACCUGCGUAGCCUCAAAACUCCUAGAGCAUAUUAUCUACUCAAACGUAUCUCAUCUUGAGAGUAAUAACUUCUUUUACAACAAGCAACACGAUUUUCGUAAGGGACUGUUUUGUGAGACGCAACUCGUAGAAUUCACCCACGAGUUAUACACUAAUUUUGAAUCCAACCACCAAACUGAUGCCCUAUUUUUGGACUUUUCAAAGGCUUUCGACCGCAUUGCUCACUGUCACCUGCUUGCCAAACUUUCAUGGCUCGGAAUUGACCCUCUCAUUCUCUCCUGGAUCCAGGAUUUCCUCUCCUCUCGCACUCAAUUCACCACAAUUAAUAGUUCCUCAUCCACCCGCACUGAGGUUACUUUGGGAGUUCUCCAGGGCUUGGUUCUUGGUCCCCUACUUUUUCUGAUUUUUAUUAAUGACAUUCCAGGCAAAAUUUCCUCUAACUUCCGCCUUUUCACUGACGACUGCAUCUUAUAUCGAAGGAUAGCUUCUUUUGAAGACCAUCUUUUGCUUCAAAUAGACCUGGACGAAAUCCAGGCAUGGUGCACCAGGUGGUUAAUGAUGCUAAACAAAUCUAAAUGCAAGUUAUUCCAGUUUUCACGAAAAUGGCAGGGAUCUCAGUUCUCGUACAAGUUAGAAAAUAACUUGGUCGAAGACGUCCCGUCCUAUAAAUACCUCGGUGUGACUCUUACUACUGAUAUUACCUGGAACGCCCACAUCGAGCUUACAUGCGCCGAGGCGUCUCGCUGCCUCGGUUGCGUAAGACGAAACCUGAAAUCGGCUCCCCCAUUUGUGCCAAAAUUGGCUUAUAAGACAUACAUUCGACCCAAAUUGGAAUAUGCUGGGGCCAUUUGGAGCCCUCACCAAAUAUACUUAUUAGAUCACCUCGAGGCAGUCCAGAACCGCGCUGCCAGGUUUAUUUUGAAGAAAUACGAUUGGUCGGUUAGUGUAUCCGCCCUAAAGAGCGAACUGAACCUUCCUUUACUAAACGUCCGCCGUAAGAUAGCGACUCUGUUUUUUUCACAAAAUUUACAACUACCUCCCUGCGCUCCGAGACCCGCUCCUCCUACCUCCCAGGCGAUCAUAGCGGCUAAAUCACCCGUGUCACGUUUCUCGCAUGUCAGGCAGCACAUCCUAUUAUAAAUCCUCCUUCUUCCCUCGUACUAUUGUAGACUGGAACGACCUACCCUCACUUAUUGUAACCUAAACGGAUCCCACCGCAUCUCGCAACGCUCUUUGUGCUCAUUUCUGUUAAUCCCACUGUGCCUUUCUAUUUGUUUGUCUUGUACUUUACUGGUUGCCAUGUAUCAAUGUUUUCAUCCCCUUACGCUCCCCAUGUACCCAGACUAACUUCUGUAUUGCCGUUGCUCGUGGCAAUGUUGUUUUGCAACACCCCAUGUACUCGCAUAUGUCGUUACUGUUUUAUGCUCUCGUGUUAUGUACCCUUUCCUUACGUAAUGCCCUCAAAAUAAAUAAUCUCGAAUAGUUUCGUCCCAUCGCUGGUCUUGAGGCAGCCAUGGCUGUGUUCCAGCCCCGACUGAUUCUUCAAGUACACUAUCAAGCCAACUUAAGUUUAUAUUGGUUGUGACAUUAGGGUGAUCACACACACACACACUUCUGCAAUAGAACUGUGAUAAACAAUAAAAACAAAAACACAAGUUUGGGAGACAAGGGUAAUAGAAAAUUUAAUAAGAAACUGUUCGCAAAUAACACUUCCUCUCAGUUUUGCGUACACUUUCAUUGAAGAAAACUGCUUGGGGAGCAUAA